AUGGCAGCUACUCAUUAUGCUUUCCGAGCACAGAAAACUGCUGGUAUAGCAGAUGGACCUUCGUGGGAGGUGUCAAGUAGGAUACCUACCGACACCACCGCUGCGCGAUGUUACGCCCAUUCUCUUGAUGGUGAAUGGUUCGCAUAUGCCGAAGGGUCAAACGUACAUGUAUUGCCUUCUUCCUCCACUUCGACCACAUCGACAAUCACCAUCAACCAGCCUAAUGUGCUAGCUCUCACCUUCUCACCUCUGUCCACGAAUUUGUUCACCUUCGAGAGACCUGUCAAGCAGGAUAACGGGGAAAUGCACAGGAAUGUAAAAGCCUGGGACGUCAAGACAGGAGAAGAAGUCAACGGGUGGCAUUCUAAGAAUAUGGAUGGAUGGGAACCGAUAAUUACCUCUGACGAAUCUCAUCUGAUUCGACCUCAAGCUUCUGACAUCUCCAUAUUCUCUCCACCUCUAUCGUCCAAACCAAUCGUCCGAGCUCGAGUAGAAGGUGUUAAAGGGUUAUUCCUCUCUUCUCCAACGAGUUUAGCUCAAGGUGUAACUUCCUCUAAACCAAUUCACCCAUAUCAAGAACCAGCUGUGGCCAUUUGGAUCGGAGAGAAGAAAGGUGCUCCAGCUUCUGUAUCUUUAUAUCCUCUGUCGAGCUUAUUAGGAAAAGCUACGGAAACUAGGGAUUUACCUAAUACGAUGGCUCGAAAGGCUUUCUACAAGGCUGAUAAGCUACAGGUCAAAUGGAAUAACGCUGGUACCCAGGCCUUGUUUUUGGCUCAAUCGGAUGUAGAUGCCACAGGAAAGUCAUACUACGGAGAGACCAAUCUAUAUCUUAUCAGCUUGGAUGGAUCUUUCGAUGGAUUGGUGGAUCUUGAUAAAGAAGGUCCGAUAUACGAUUUCACUUGGUCACCUAAUUCGAGAGAAUUUGUGGUCUGUUACGGCUACAUGCCUGCCAGAGUACAGCUGUUCGACAUGAAAGCUAAACCUGUCCAUUCGUUCGGUUCUCAACAUCGUAAUUUCCUUUUAUACCAACCUCAAGGUAGAUUACUGUUAUCUGCUGGUUUCGGAAAUCUGGCUGGAGGUGUGGAUAUUUGGGAUGUCAGUACGAGAAACAAAGUUGCGGAAUUUAAAGCAUCUAACUCGUCUCAUUGUGAAUUCUCACCCUGCGGUCAAUACAUCCUCACAGCGACCCUUUCACCUCGUCUGAGAGUGGAUAAUGGUGUGAAGAUCUGGUGGUGCGGGGGUCAAUUGCUGCAUAUCCAACCGGUUGAAGAGCUUUACCAAGCUUCCUUCUCACCUCGUCUGGUGAAAGAUAUCCAACCUUUCCCUCCUGUUGUACCAAAAGCUCCUGAACCUAAUGAGAGUGUCGCGAAGUACGGUAAAAAGGGGGAUACGGUAAACGGAGCCGAAUCCAAACCUGCUGGAGCCUACAGACCUCCCGGAGCUAGAGGAACUCUCGCAUCAGACAUAUACUCUCGAAGGGAUGAUGAUAAACCUUCUGGAUCAGGUGCUUCUACCCCUACACCCAUGUUCAGAGGUGGUAAACCCGCUGGAAGGUAUAUACCUGGUGCUCCUAUUCCAGGUUCGGUCCCCAAAGAAGCUCCUGCGGAAGAUAAGAAGAAGAGAACGAGGAAGAGAGGUAAAGGUGAGAAUGGAGCGACCAACGAAGAGAAGGAGAAGGUGGAGAAAGUUACAGAGGAAUUGGCGAAAGUUGAAGUGAAGGAUAAGGAUAACAAGGAAGAUGGAGGGGAUGAUUCGAAUUCCAAGAAAAUCAGGAAUCUGACUAAGAAACUCAAGGCCAUCGAAGAGUUGAAAGCUAGAUUAGCGAACGGUGAAGUGUUGGAGAGAACUCAAGUGAAGAAGAUCGAAUCUGAAAAUCAAGUUAGAGAUGAAAUUGCAUCGUUGGGUGGGAGUGCCUAA